AUGUGUAUUGGUGCACCGUGUGCAGUGUUGAUCGAUGACUGGAAAUGGUUACGGGCAAGGAUCUCGAAAUUUAGUAAAGGAAAUGAUGUAAUAGUAGAUCUUGUGGAUAUUGGUAACGACAAUAUUGUCAACAUAGAGAAUAUUCGGCCUCUUCUAAAGGUUUUUGGACGUUUGCCUCCGCUUGCUUUGCGUUGUCGUAUGAAAGAGAAGUUGAAAUGCCUAAAAGUAAGGAGCGGAAACUUUCGGAGAAACGAGCAUCUUUUCGUUUAA